UGAGUGAAGCUGAACAAUUCUUCCUACGUGACAAAAUCAUAUGUCAAAGCAAGAGAUUUACAGCCAUUUGCCUUAUGGGCAGCUUGUCAAGUCCUAUUAGUUCCAACAAUGAGAAGUUAAUACCCUUUUUCCUCUUCUUUUUUUUUUGGGGGGUAUGCACAUUAUUAGAAUUUGUCUUUACAUUCUGGGACAUUUGUAUGACAUUCAUAGGCUUUGAUCAAAGCGUUGAUGAUUCCAAAGCUCUCAUCUUUCAGAAACUUUCCAGCCGGAAUCUCCAUGUCAGAGCUUCAAUGUUAUAUAUGAAGCUCUCCUGAUAUGUCACUGCAUCAUCGUCUUGUAAUGGCUACGCGAUGCUUCCGAGUGUUUCCCGAGACUCGGAGCAUCGGACGAGCCCUGUUCAUGAUUACCUUCGCUGCUUUCUUUGCGAGCCUAAACUCUGUGAAUUCUCAAGCUCCAGUUGAUAAAUGCAUCCUCACCGUUCGACUAACUCCGACUAACAACCAAAGUUGCGAAGACUCGACUUGGGGAGGAUUUAUAAACCCGGGCUGCUGCGGGACGGUCUUCAGUCACUACUUGUAUGCGCUGGGGCAGCGGGCGAAUCUGACAGGGCUAAUAUUCCUUAACUCGACAGAACAGAAGGAUUGCUUGGUUUCUAUAAAGUCUGCAGACAAGGAUGGUUUAGAAUGUGGGAUCGAGAAGCUGACUAGUGGGGCUGGUGCCUGCUCUGACUAUAUGGUUAAGGAUGUCGAUCAUCGCCUAGGAGACAGCUUGAGGAAAUUAACGGGAAGCUGCAGACUUCUCGGCUCCAGGGACAAGGAUAAUCAAACUUGCAGCUCAUGUUUGACAACGUGGAAAGAGAUGGGAAUAACACCGGAAAAUGGGGUUGAGCCGGGAUCAGGUCAGGCGGAGUUAUGUAGGUUUGCAGUUUUGGUCACACUGAUGAGCAAAAGGUUUGGUGAUACGAGGUGGGCCGGUGAAGUGCACAAGUGCCUCGGAGAUAAGCAGGUACUCCCAAUAGAUGAUCAAGGCAAACCGGGGAACCGCCAACGUAAAUCAAAGACCGGGAAGUGGAUUCUGAUCGGGGGGCUGAUCGGGAUUACUGUGAUUCUGCUCAUAGCAUUCUCGAUCCUCUGUAGAAAGACGGUGAAAAAUCCCAAAAGAAGCAUAUCUAAGGGACAAGUAAACGAUAAGCCUUCAAAAACAAGUCUUCCAAGAGGAAAAGAUGUUACAGCGGCGAAUAAUCUGAUAUUUGAGGAUGGGAGUGGUCUCAGGAUAAGGAUAAACGAAGUCUAUUCUGCCACAAACAAUUUCCACCCAUCAAACUUCAUCGGGCAAGGCAUAGCAGGAAAAGUCUUUAAAGGAGUUCUCUCGGACGGUCAACAUGUGGCGGUAAAACACAUAACAAGUGACGGGUAUAUGGACACGUUUGUGAGGGAAAUCACGAGCCUAUCAGAUGUUCGACACCCGAACCUGGUGGCUCUGCUGGGAUAUUGCGAGAAAGAGGACGAGUGUUUCCUGGUGUACGAGUUAUGCCACAACGGGAGCCUCUCAGAUUGGCUCUUCGGUAAGGAUAAGUCGCUCUCAUGGAUCCAAAGGCUAGAGAUAGCAAUCGACUGUGCACAGGGUCUCUGGUUUCUCCACACCUAUCCAGAUGGUUGCAUUAUUCAUCGCGAUAUCAAACCAACAAACAUUCUCAUCAGUGAAAACCUUCAAGCAAAGCUCUCAGAUUUUGGGUUGUCCAAAGUAAUCGAUGCAGGCCAGUCAUUCGUCAGCUCUGAAGUUAGGGGGACGUUCGGCUAUGUUGAUCCCGAAUACAGAAGAAACCACCAUGUAAAUGCAUCGGGAGAUGUUUACAGUUUUGGGAUUGUUCUUUUACAGCUUCUCUCGGGGAAAAGAGUCAUAAACCUGAAUUUAGCAAAACCAAUGCCGCUUAAUCGCAUGGCAAAGGUCCUAACAAAGGGAGGAAACAUAGCAGAAUUUGCCGAUCCCAAACUCAAGGGCGAAUACUUGGAAGAGGCGUUUGAGGCCGUACUCAAGCUCGCACUUUCUUGCACGGGGCUUAAGCAGCAAAGGCCUUCAAUGAAGCGAGUAGUUUCGGAGCUAGAGAAGGCCCUCAACAUAUCUAGUUCAGCUGUAAAAUCACCAGAAGUCGAAGGCAAAUGAAACAUCAGGAUGCAGAUUCUUAGGAAUGCAUAUAACAAAAUUAUGUUAAUUUACUGGUCAGUGAUUACACGCAAGGUCACUGUUCGGUAAGGCAUUACAGAAUUAACAUUAGAAAGAAAGAUACAGGCAUAGGGAGAAACCAUCCAAUGCAGUACGAUGGAUCCUUUCCAAACAUUUCCCGUGCUUUGUACCACGCGUAACACCAUACAAAAUGGAAUUUGAAUUAUUUCGAUGUAUUAAGAGAACUGUAAUACAAUCUUA